GUAGGCGGCGGUUGCAGGAGCAACAGCGCGCCGCGAUGGCUGCGGACGGAGAGCGCUCCCCGCUCCUGCCGGCCGAGUCCGGCGAUGGGGGCGGCUCCGGCAUGGGAGGCCUGGUGGGGCCCGCGGGGCUGAUGACAGGCUCUGCCUCCAACCCGCCGGGGAAGCCGAACCCGCCUCAGGGGUUCCCUGGAUUUAGCGGGCUCGGCGAUGGGGGCCAGGCGGCUGUGCUGCCGGGAGAAGACCCCCCUCCCUACUCGCCCAUGGCGUCCCCUGAGAGCGGCAGCGCUCCCAUGAUCACUUGCCGGGUUUGCCAGAGCCCCAUCAACGUGGAGGGCAAGAUGCACCAGCACGUCGUGAAAUGCAGUGUCUGCAACGAAGCCACGCCGAUCAAAAAUGCCCCAGCUGGGAAGAAGUACGUGAGAUGCCCUUGCAAUUGCCUCCUGAUCUGCAAAGUGACAUCCCAGCGCAUUGCCUGUCCUCGGACAUACUGUAAAAGGAUCAUCAACUUGGGCCCCGUCCAUCCCGGCCCUCUGAGUCCCGAGCCCCAGCCCGUUGGCGUGCGCGUCAUCUGCGGCCACUGCAAAAACAAUUUCCUGUGGACAGAGUUCACAGACCGCACCUUAGCCCGGUGUCCGCACUGCCGGAAAGUCUCUUCCAUUGGGCGCCGCUACCCCCGGAAACGAUGCGUUUGCUGCUUCCUGCUGGGUUUAUUAAUGGCGGUGACAGCAACCGGCCUCGCGUUUGGAACGUGGACACAGGCCCACAGGUACCAUGGAAUCUAUGCCUCGUGGGCGCUGGUCAUCCUCUUGGCUCUCUUGUGCCUUGGCCGUGCCAUGUACUGGGCCUGCAUGAGGGUCAGCCAUCCCAUCCAGAACUUCUCCUGAAG